AUGACCGACUCACUUGACCGUAACCAAGAGCUCGAAAACAUCGAACAACGAAUCAUCAAGGUUGAGAAGCAAGAAUCUGCCCACCGUGGUACUGUUGUCACUCCAGCCAAACCUGGUGCUGCUUCUAGACUCACAGCAACCCCAGCGACCAAAGAUCGAAUCAUUGCCUCAAUCGAAGCAGAUGAGAGCUAUGACCCAGUCACGCCCUCCAAGUCAUUAACCAGAGGUAUUCGGGGCAAAGGGACAAAGAGGGCCGAAUCACAAUCUUCUAAGAAAGCUGCCAGUGCUAAGGCCGCGGCUGGCAAGGUCGUCAAGACUCAACAAAGUCCAAAGAAAAAAGACACAAAGACUGACUUAAAGAAUCCCCAAGCCGCGUUGCUUGGUGAAACUCUUGCUGAAGAUGACGAUAAUGGUGAAGACUGGGAAGAUGACAAUGACGAUGCUAGAUCAGAUGAGAAUACCUGGAGCCAAGUAAAUAAGGUUAUCGGAUCCACUGGCAAGCCAACUCAUCCAAAUGGUCGAGCCGAGGGUCGUAAACUUGUUUCAUGGCACAGAACACGAAUGAUGGAGAAGCUAAUCUUGCACAUCGUGUUCGAAUGUCGCCGUGCUGAUAUCAAUCUUCCAUGGGACAAGAUUGCUCACAGGCUCUGCCCUGGCAGCUCCGGUGCAGCCGCACAACAAUACAUCAACAAGAUGCGGGACGUUCUUAUCACAGAAGGCCACCUUGUUCCCCCUCCUUUGGGAAAGAAAGCCGUGUUUGAUCCAAGCAUUCGUGGAUACAUUCGCGACACAGAUGCUGAAGACCCCAAGGCGUCCCGUUCUGUUGGUUGGCUCGAAGAGAUCGUCGACUUGAAAGAAAGUCUUGUUGUUCCUGGUGUCUCUAGAGGCUCAGGAACCUAUCGUCGUGAUAAGACUCGAUGGCAAAGCAACAAGGCAACCAUGGGCGAGGAAACACCUACCAAGAUGGUUGGCGCUCGCGCUCGUUCUGAUAGGCAGCUUUCAAAGUCGACGCUCAAGUCAAAGGAGAAGGUUGUAAAGAUCAAGAAGGAGCGAUCUGAAUCACUUGAUCCUGCCGAGAUGCCAUCAGACGAGGAUUAUGACCCCGGAAACCGUCUUAAGAUCAAGGGCCAUCGCAAGCGGAAGGUUAAGGUUAAGAAUGUGCGUAAUUAUGAGACGGAUGAGGAUAUGGAUAAGGCCACCGAAUCGCAGAAUGAAUCGUUCGGGUAUUCGGAUUACGAGACAUACCUUUUAGAGACACCAAGUAAGAAAAAGGGCUCGGGAAACGAUGUCAUGACAUCUUUAACUGCUAUGCCUGUUACGCUCAAGCUUUCCCCGGAUCUACUCAGUAAAUUUCCUGCCGGCCUUGCCAGUAAAUCUGUUCAAGAUAUGCUUGUAGGCACUGAGACUGAGGACGAUGGAUGUACCGAGGAAGACCAUGAUGGCUCCGAAACCGCUGUCGGCGGUUCUCCUGGAGACGGCGACGAUGUUUUUGGUCCAGAAAGCUUAGGCCUCAACAAUAUCCAUGGUUUUGAGCCACAAACACAAGCUUUGUUCCCUCCUAACAACUACGUAGGGGGUAUGAACUACAGCUAUGACCUUUACAGUCAGGCCGCUCCCAUAAAUGCUCAAGGUUAUACGUCGGUAUAUACCGCAGGCUACAACAACCACGGCUUUUCGAAUGUCCAAGCUGCAUCCCUUGAUAGUACUUAUCGCGGCGAUUCAUACCCUAACGACAUGUUUUUGGGCAUGCAUAACUUCAAUCCAACAUCCGCUAUGCAUGACGGCCUGAAUUAUGGUGGUUUAAAUGAGACAAUGCGUGAUAUGAAUGGAGGUCAUGAUAACACAAGUUCAUUCUUACAAGGCACUGAAGUCAGCUCAAGCAAUAGUAGUUUUACACAAGUUCUAACCGACGCCGACUAUGACCAGGGUGCAUUUAAUUAUGCCAAUGCUAGCAGCAUCGUUCCCAGCCAGAGCUUCGAAACUCCUGACGCCGAUGGCUGGGUCGAGCAAUUUGCCAAAAACAUCCCUUUCAAGCAUGACGGCAAUCUCUGA